CGUUAUUUUAGCCCAGGUUUUGCGGUGACCCACCUUGUCCCAGGGAAAGGCUGCCCCUGCCCGAGCCACCCCCACCUGACCCUGACUGAGGAACGUCACAUGCCCUUCCAGGUUUCUUGGCCACACCUGCGAGCCAUCUCCCUUCUUUCUCCUCCUUCCCCGGGGGCCCCCCGCUUUCCUUUGAAGCCGCAGCUGGCCGGGCUCAGGGAUGGAGGCUGCCCUUCCAUAACCGGGCACUUUUGCCCUGCUGCGCGGACUUCUUCGGAACACUCAAAGGGACUGAAGGGGCAGUCCAGGCGGCUGCGGCCCCAGCCCUGGGCUGACUGAACUCUAAUGAACACAAACGAGGAAAGGCUCUGAUUUCCGACCCCAGAGCCCCGAGUAACUGCACCUGCUCCCUGUUCUCCCUCGCACAGGCUUGUGUUUGCUUGAGCCCCCUGGGAGGGCUUUUGCGAACCUUGAGAGCUUAAAGCUAGGGUUCCGCGUCUGAGCACCCGGACUUUGUUCUUGCCUUGUUAGAUAAACUACCCCAGCCCCGCCCCCGAGGAUGGGUGAGACCUUCUCCCAACAGGGCUCUUGGAAGGGCGAAAGCAAGCCACUCCUGUCGCCCAACCCAGCCAUGAGCAGCAGAGCCAGCAGCUACGCCAGCACCUGUGUGCCUUGGGAAGAGGCUGCAGGUGGCAGCUUUGUGACUUGUCCAACCUGCCAGGGCAGUGGGGAGAUCCCCCGAGAGCUAGAGAAACAGCUGGUCGCCCUCAUCCCUUAUGGAGACCAGAGGCUGAAGCCCAGGCACACGAAGCGCUUCGUGUUCCUGGCCAUGCUCACCUGCCUGGUGACCUCCACCUGCAUCAUCUUCUUCCUGUUUCCCCGCUCGGUUGCUGUGCAGCCUACGGGCCUCAACUCCUCCACCGUGGCCUUUGACAAGGCAGAUAUCCACCUCAACCUGACAAAUGUCCUGAACAUCUCCAAUCGCAACUACUAUCCCAUUACUGUGACCCAGCUGGCCAUCGAGGUGCUGCACCUCUCCCUCGUGGUGGGCCAGGUUUCCAAGCGCCUCCUCCUGCCCGUUGGCCCUUUGGCCAGUGAACAGGUGUUUUACACGGUGUCCAGCAGGCUAGAGGAUGAAAAUACCUACAAAAUCUGUACCUGGCUGAAAAUCAAAGUUCAUCACGUGCUUUUGCACAUCCAGGGCACCUUGACCUGUUCUUACCUGAGCCACUCAGAGCAGCUGGUCUUCCAGAGUUACGAGUAUGUGGACUGCCGGGGAAACUCGACAGGUGCCCCCUUGUUGGCCCCCCUCCCACCGUGACUGUCUCCUGCAUUGGGUACCUGCCAGUUUGGUUUCUUAUCUCCCACAACCCUGUUGUGCCCAAGAACCCACGGUAGUGACUAUCUUCUCUUCCCCGCACCCCCACGCCCACUCACAUUCACAUCAUCCGAUUGUCCACUGGAACACAAGCUCGCUUCCCCCCGGGGACUAGAAUCUGAUUCUGCCAUCAAGCUCCCAGCGGAACGCCUGCCCUUUCUGGGUUGACCACUGACUAUCCUGGCCCCCAUUCCCUGGGCCUGGAGCCUGCUCUCCUGCUGGAAUGGGCUGGAAGUUGAGUCUCCAUCUGGCUUUUCCUGUCCUCUCCUCUGGUUUGACACUCAGUGAUAGGAGAGUCACUGUGGGGCCAUUCCAUGCUGACCCAGAGCCUUGUAGGGCUUCUUCUGCCCCGCCCUGCUUUGAUCACGUGACAGAGUAACGUGGCUGACUGCCUCCCAGGAGCUUGUCCCCCGCCCAUCCGACAAGAUGGGCCAGGUCCUUUGACCUCUGUCCUUCCUGGUUAAUAACUGUCUCCAGGUCACAAGGAGGACAGCGAUGUGGGUCCAGGGAAAGCUGUCCUUUCCGUAGAAUGGGCCUCUUCUCUUCACACCCAGCAGGGCAGUGGCCCCUGGCCACUCCAGUCCAAUGCAGGGAAAAGAGAGCCCAAGGCAGGAUCGAUUUUAGAGAGAGCUUAUUCAAGUAGGGCUUCUGGCUGUUGGUGAGCCCAGGUGAGCGGACACAGACAAGCCAAACAAUGGUCUCUCUGCCCCGGAAGCCCCAGCUUUGCCCUCCUGGGAUCUUGUGGACAUGAAGCUCUUCGUGGCCAAUCAAAGCGACUUGGCUCCUUGCCACCCGCAGCCUCGCCCUGGGUCCACAUUCUGUUCCCAGAGGCCCCUGUUCUCUUCCUGACUCCCAGGGACAGAGCUAGCCCCUCCUCGUGCUGCUGCACCAGCCUCACCAUCCGGCCUUGGCUAUCUCGAGAUGACAGGCAGCCUUUCUCUGCGGACAGUGGAAGAAAUGACUUCCCAGCAUGGGUGCCUUCCUGAGAGCAGCCUGCAGGUGUUCACUUGCUAAAGGGAGCUGGUGGUUUUUGGGGGCCGGACAAGUGGAGAGAGACAUGGGUGAUGGUGGAAGCAGAAUGUGGAGUUGGAUGGAUGGAGAGGUGGUUGGACCUAGCUGGCGGGGGGCGGAUGGGGAGGAAGGAGCCCAUGCCAUCUCCACACUUCCAUGCCUGGUGCCAUGUAGCCCGAGAGCCCAUGCUGGAGCGUCUGUUAUGCUCAAUAAACGACACCUAACAGUA